AUAAGUAAAGGAAUUCCGUAGUAUGUAGUUCCCUCAUCUGAAAAGAAAAUCAAAAUGGCGACGAAGAUGUCGUUUGGAAAUCCUUUCCAGCAGAAUAAAGUCGGCGCUGGCGCUGCAAGUGGGCAAGCCAGCGCCGAUGUGACGCCAGAACUACACUUAAAAAUGUCUAAGAAAAUCGCUCAACUCACAAAGGUUAUCUAUGCAUUGAACACUAAGAAUGAUGAGCAUGAGGCUGUCGUCCAAAACCUGAAAGAAACACACGAGGAGGAACUCCAGCAGCUAGUCACACGGACAAAAGACAAGAUUGCAUCUUACCAGAGCCGGAUAGGCCAAGAGGCAGAACUCCGACAGAAGAUCCAGUCUCUAGAAACCACCAUCAAGGAGGAAGAAAAACACAAACAUGAGGCAUUGGCAGAGUUUACAGAAUUCAAACGCAAGGAAGAGCAGAGACAAGCUAGCCUAAAGGCGGACCACUCCCAAACCGUGCUGGGUCUGUCGCAGGACUUGCUUGCCAUUAAGAGGAACUUUGAAGACCGGCUGCAGCAGUUCGAGGACACCAAACGCCGCGGAGAGUUGGAAAGGACAAAUGCCCUGACAGAGUUGCGGCGUGCGCACACCGAGGAGGUAGAAACAUUGAAAAAGCAGCUGCAGUCCGAGCACUCAGGACUCACCAAGGAGAGGCAGGAACUCAUCGAGCAGUACGAAUCUGAAAUAAAGAAUCUGUACAAUCAAAACAACGAGUUGAAGAACGAGAAGAGACAGACGGUGGAAGACUACGAGGCCAAGCUGAGUAAGGCUCAGGCCUUCUACGAGAGGGAACUAGCGGCACUCAGGGAUGGAGAGCUACGGAAAAACGUUGAGGAGUGGAAAGAGCGAGAAGCUGCCCUGAGGAGGCAAACGGCAGAGAAGCAGCACGAGCUGGAGACACAGAUUGAGAAUGUGUCUAUGCAACUGGCUGUGUGUGAGGAAGACCUGGAGUGCUAUAAAGACAAGUUAACGAAAGCGCAGAGCGAGCUUGCAGCCAGGGAAAGUGAUUCGGGCAGUUUAAGUAAACAGCUUGUUGAAGCCAAGCAAGAUUCUAGCCAAGCCAUCACCAGGCUGAAGCAGGUGGAGGGAGAGCUAGCUGCCUCCAGAGAACGAUGCCAAGACCAAGCCACAGAUCUCAUUAAAAAAUCCAGUCAGAUAGGGACUCUAGAAGCCACCCGCCUGAGCAAUGAGUCCACCAUGAAGGACCUCCGCUCAUCUCUUGCCAAACUGGAGGACAAACUCCAGUGGAUGGGGAAGGAGAGAGACAGCCUGGAGAACAGCAAGAGGAGUCUCUCCGAUAAGCAACACGGCCAGCUCAAGUCACUGGAAAAGGCUUUGGAAGAGCUAUCCAUCGAGAAGCAAGUGAUGAAGGAACGAUACGAGAAGGAGUUAGAAUCCACCAAGACAAGCAGUAAGGAGGAGAGAGACAGACUGACCAGAGACCACGAGGCACUGAUCAGGAAGAUACAGGGUGAACACAAGGAGGCCAGGGAGUUAGCUGCCAGGACAGCGGCACAAGAUCUUGCCAGUUUAAGACAGGAGUUGGAGAGGAACCUAGAAGAGACCACCCAGCGCCUGUCCCAGCAGUGUGAUGCCGUCCAGUCCCAACUGGACCAGACCAGAGAGGAACUCACCAACCGCUUACAGUCAGCCGAGGCAGAGUGCCAACGCCUGCAGGCCAUCCUGGAUGAGAACAAGCAAGGCCUUGGCUCAGCCAACUCGGAGAUCGGUAGCCUGUCUCAGGCCAACGUGGGACUGAAGGCUGAGCUGGAUGGGAUACAGAAGGAGCUAAGGGAAGCUAAGAAUAUGGGGCUCAUGUACCGGACGGAACUGGACAGAUUAAAACAAACGCAUGAGAGCAAGAUGGCAGAAGCUAAAGAGGAACUGAAGACCAAACUGGACCGGUUGUCAAAGGAUCUUGACCAACGCUGGACAGAAACACUGCGGAGAGAAUGUGACAAGCUACAGAGCGAGUUGACAGAGCAGCACAGCGGAGACAAGAGGGCCGCCCUCAAGCAGCUGGCUCUGAUGAAGGAACAGGAGCUGGAAGCCUCCAGGACAGGCUGGGAGAACAAGCUCAAGGACCUCCUACAAGAGAUGUCUCAGUUAAGGGAAGCCCUGCACAGCAAGGCAGAGCAGGCCCAGAAGGAGGUGGUGACCGUGCAGGGACUAGCUGACCAGAAACUGAACAAGCUCAAGUUUGAGAUGGCCGCAGCGGCCGAGGAACACGCCAGGGCCUUGAGCCUGCUGAGAGCGGAGAAGGAGAAAGAAGUGGAACGGUUGAGACGAGAGAAAGAUGCAGCGGUGCAGGAGUUAGAAGAACGACUGGCCCGUCAGCAUAGAGAAGACAUGGAGGAGCAGUUGAAAUCCCACAGGGCGGAAAUGGAGGCAUUGCAGGAGGAGGCAGAGAGGUCCAGACAGAGUGGCUUGCACUCCAAAUCCACAGAGCAUAAACAGGCAAUAGAGAGAAUGAAGUUGGAGUUGACCCAGCGUCACAUCGCCGAGAUGGACCAGCUAUCCAGGGCUCAUCGCACACAGAUGGCAGCUGCUAAGAUGGAACUAGAGAGAUCCAUAGAAAUCAAACAGCAACAGGAGAGAGACCACAAGUCGAGGGAGCAGGAGUUGAAGGAAGACGUGAGGCAGCGGGACAGACACAUCGACAGCGUGGAGAAACAACUGGCUGAAGUCAACCAGGAGAUCCAUAAGCUGUCCAAUCAGCUGGAGUUCAAAGGUCAAGAGGUGCUUAAGGUCAAGAGCGAGGCUGAGGAACAACUCAGGAGGCAAGAGCAGAGACUAGCCGAGGCUCAUGAUAGGGACAUGGACACCCAGGCAGCAGAGCACCUAAGGGAAACCCAAAGCAUGCUGGGAGAAUUCAACCGGGCCCAGGAACUCCUGAAGGAUAAGAUAUCCGCACUACAGAUCAUGUUGGAGGAGGCAGAGGACAGAUAUCAGAGUCGGGAAUCCAGACCUGAGGAUCUGGAGCACAUUGCUCGCCUCAAAGAAACCUUGUCAGAGCACGAGGUCAUCAUGCAGAAACUUGUGGAUGAGAAACGUUACUUCCAGUUGGAGCUCAUCAACCGUGAGACCAAUUUCAACAAAGUCUUCAACACCAACCCUAACGUUGGAGUGCUCAACCCUUUUGCCCACAAGAAGAAGAAAUCUAUAGAAGUCACCAGGGAAGCCCCACGCUACGUCAGUGCUCCAAGCCUGAACACCAUGGCCGUCAACGGGUCAGCCUCCAGUGGGGGUAGCCCUAGCCAUCAACGUCUUGAUCCACUCCCUGACUCGCCCAUCCACGACAUCCAGCUCAAUCCUAAGAAACCCCUACAGAUGCCUCGGCCUCCGAGGACCAAGAAGUUCAUCAAUACGUGAUGGAGACGAGGCAAGUGUCUUUGUGGAUUCAGUGCCCAUCUCCCCAUAACGGUGAUAGAAAGAGACGUUACAUUUUUUUUGCAAAUUCAGAUGAAAUUUAGCCAGAGGAGCUUGGGCCUGAAAAAUGUCCAUACACCUGUCCACUGUGUCAUCCGUUAUAAGUUGCUACUGUUCCCUUUUUUGUAUUGUGGAAAAGCUUUUGGGCAAGUCCAAGAAUUUGGGUAGACUAUGUCCAAUACCUAACAAAAGGUUUAUAACCCUCUACGAUAUUCAUGGAUUUCAGAGGUUUUAUUUAUUUCACUGGCGAACAUCUGCAAGGAGAAUACCCACCAGAAUUUGUCUGUUGUCAGUCUUUGCGAUGAUAAUGUAAUGGAAGAAAACAUGGCGUUACAUAUGGGAGAAAAAAGUGACCUUUUCUUGGACUUGCCCUUUUGAUAUGACUGCUGAAAAUGCCUUUGAGAAAAAUACAAUAACGCUUUGUAAUUGUUUUGUUUGGCAGGAUAUGUAGUUUAUGAAUUAUGUAAAUCUGCAGUUGCGAUCUAUAGAAUCAAGUGCAGUUGCUGUAUCAUCCGUCCUAUAAGUUAUGCACGAUAUUUGUACAUCUUUGUAUUUUUGUUUGUAAUAUCUUCCAGUGUAAUAACACAUUAAGCCAUGAAUUUAUAAUUUGUUUGUUCAGAUUCUAAACCAAAAAUGUAUUAUCCCACUUACUAAUAGCAAUUUUUUAAUUAUAUAUAUUGAAUUUGUACAUUUUAUAUCCGUAAGCAUUUGUAACAUCAAUGUAAAAACUAUUAUCUGUACAGUUGUCAUAUAUUCCUGAUUGUACUAUUACUUAGAAUUUAAUGUAUAUAAAUGUGAACUAAUUUUACGUAUUCAAGUAGAAACUAAACUCUAUGAUCACCAAGAUGUUGUAGAAAAAUCAGGUUUAUUGCUAUUCACAAAUAUUACAAUAUGCAUGAUUCUUUUGCAGUAAAAGCUUUGAGUAUUUGAAGCAUGUCAAGUUGGCAACCAUCAGUGUCUAGUCCCUUGCGUUCAUGGUGUAUAUCCCAAUAUAAGGUCAACUCUUGUCGGGAGCACCAGUCUUUCAGUUUUAGCCUUAUUCUGGACCAGAUAAAAGUCCUAAAAGAUGGUUGCUCCAUGUCAAAGGUCACAGAGUUCAUGACACUUUUUUCUCCGUCUGCCUUAUUACCAUAUCAAGCUGAACUCGUCCGUCCAAAUUUUGUGCUAAUAACUAUGAAUUAUGACAUGCGUCUUUGUUUCCCACCAAAAUGUAUGGUAUUGCUGAAGUUUGGAAAUAAAAAGACUUUCCGUCCAUUUGCUGUGGCAAACCAACUAA